AUGGCUAUCACUAAGAUUCACGCUCGUUCCGUCUACGAUUCCCGUGGAAACCCAACCGUCGAGGUUGAUGUUGUCACUGAGACUGGUCUCCACCGUGCCAUUGUCCCAUCUGGUGCUUCCACUGGUCAACACGAGGCUGUUGAGCUUCGUGAUGGAGACAAGGACAAGUGGGCUGGAAAGGGUGUUACCAAGGCUGUUGCAAACGUCAACGAUAUCAUUGGCCCAGCUCUUAUCAAGGAGAACAUUGAUGUUAAGGAUCAAUCCAAGAUUGAUGAGUUCUUGAACAGCCUUGAUGGCACACCAAACAAAGGAAAGUUGGGUGCCAACGCCAUCCUUGGUGUCUCUUUGGCUGUCGCCAAGGCCGGAGCUGCUGAGAAGGGUAUCCCACUCUACGCUCACGUUUCCGAUCUUGCCGGAACCAAGAAGCCUUACGUUCUCCCAGUCCCAUUCAUGAACGUUCUUAACGGAGGUUCCCACGCUGGUGGACGUUUGGCCUUCCAAGAGUUCAUGAUCGUACCUUCCGCUGCCCCAUCUUUCACUGAGGCUCUUAGACACGGUGCUGAGGUUUACCAAAAGCUCAAGUCUCUUGCCAAGAAGAAGUACGGUCAAUCCGCCGGUAACGUCGGUGACGAAGGUGGUGUUGCACCAGAUAUUCAAACCGCUGAGGAGGCUCUCGAGCUCAUCACUGAGGCUAUCGAGGCUGCUGGUUACACCGGAAAGAUGAACAUCGCUAUGGAUGUUGCUUCCAGCGAGUUCUACAAGGAGGAUGCCAAGAAGUACGAUUUGGACUUCAAGAACCCAGAGAGUGACCCAACCAAGUGGAUCACAUACGCCGAGCUCGCCGAUCAGUACAAGACCCUUGCCAAGAAAUACCCAAUUGUCAGCAUUGAGGAUCCAUUCGCUGAGGAUGACUGGGAGGCAUGGAGCUACUUCUACAAGUCUUCCGACUUCCAAAUCGUCGGUGAUGACUUGACUGUCACCAACCCAAUUAGAAUCAAGAAGGCCAUUGAGCUCAAGUCUUGCAAUGCUCUCUUGUUGAAGGUCAACCAAAUCGGUACUCUUACUGAGUCUAUCCAAGCUGCCAAGGACUCCUUCGCCGCUGGAUGGGGUGUCAUGGUUUCUCACCGUUCUGGAGAGACUGAGGAUGUCACCAUUGCCGAUAUCGUUGUUGGUCUCCGUGCUGGUCAAAUCAAGACUGGUGCCCCAGCUAGAUCUGAGCGUUUGGCCAAGUUGAACCAAAUCUUAAGAAUCGAGGAGGAGCUCGGUGACAAGGCUGUUUAUGCUGGAGAGAACUUCAGAACUGCUGUCAAUUUGUAA